AUGAUUGAGCCGCGGGGGAUUGAUGGAACCGGCGGGGGAGGGAGAUGGCAACUUGCGAGUUGGUGGCCGGCGAGGGAGGGAGAUGGCGGACUGGCGAGCUGGCGGCCGACGUUGAGGUGGUUGUUGUUGCCGGCGGUCACAGGGUUGGAUCCCGGGAGGGUCGUCGGGGAUCGCGCAGGGUUGUUGGGGUGUCGCGCGAGGUCGCGGGGGUCGCCGGGAGACGACGUUCAUCGGGGGCCGUCAAUGGUUUGGCCGUCUGGAUUGGAUGGUGGAGACAGCGGGGGAUGGUUGCUGGUGGUGACUGGUGAGGGAAGGGAGGGGUUGAGGUCGACGAAGGAGGAGGAUAGGGUUUGGGGUGGGCUGGGGGUAGUUUCAUUAGGAUAA